AUGAAAGCCUUCACAAGCUUUAGUUCAAACCCAAUAAACCUUAAGCUACGGUCUUUGUCUCCCAGAGUUGAUUUUCAUGUUUCUGAUAGACCCUUUUCUUGCUUCACUAUUCCCUUCAGAAAUCAACAAAAAGGAUCCAUUUUUUGUGUUUUGAAACUUGUUCAAAACAAGGGUUUUUACCCUCUUCAUGCCGUGCCAUCAGAACAUCAGCAGGAGGUAGAGUUGGAAGCUGUUGAGCCUCAAGUUCAACAAAGUGAACAAACAAAUGAAUCGAAGUUUGUUCGCGUCGAAUUUCGGCUGCUAAAAGAUUGUGACUUUGGGGAACAGUUUCUAAUAGUUGGAGAUGAUCCUAUGCUUGGUUCAUGGAAUCCUUUAGAUGCGUUACUAAUGACAUGGUCUGAUGGCCAUAUAUGGACUCUUGAGGUGGAUAUGCCUGCCGGAAAAUCGGUCCAGUACAAGUUUAUACUAAAGGGAAUAGAAGGUGAUAUUAUUUGGCAGCCGGGUUUGGAUCGGGUUAUUCAAACAUGGGAAACUAUGAACAGAAUAAUUGUUUCUGAGGAUUGGGAGAAUGCAGAACUUCAGAAAGUAAUAGAGGAAGAUAGAUUUUCUCAAUCAAAUGUUCUAUCAGAAGUGUCAACUUCCACUGAAACUUUAGAUGAUUCUCGAGAUAAACCGGAAUUCGUUGUAUCCAGCGUAUCUGGUAUUGAAGAUACACGAAUUCAUGGCGAGGAGAAACUGGUUGAUGAACAAGUAAUUCAAGAAAACAUUGGUGAUAGUAUUUCUUCGUCGAUUGAGAAGCCAAUGGCUAUUAUUGCAGAAAAUAUCGGUUCCUCGGAUGAUCUCGUGGAAAGUACAAGUAACGUAACGAGUAAAAGUAAUGUGAUUCUUAAAAAUGAUGAAACAGAAGAUGGUUCUCAAAAGGAUGAUAAAAUACGUUAUAACGGAUACAAUGGAAAUGCUGCAGCACUAAACAAUCAAGAAGGGACGAUUGUGGAGGGAAGCUUAAUCGAUUUGGAAGGAGGUCCCGUUCUUGUACCCGGCUUAACGCCGCCAACUGAAAAAGAAGCUGAUCUAAGGGAAGUUGUUGAAGAAGAAAAGACUGCGAUAGAGUCUUCGAUUGAAACUUUUGAAACUCGUGAUCAGAAUAUACCAGAGUUGAGUAAGGAUCAAGAAUCAGAUGAUGACAUAGCACAGGAGAUAAAUACAACAAUCAACGACGAGCUGAGUUUCCACGAGGAGCAGUUUCAUUUAGCACCAACAAUGGAAGAAGCGUCGAAUGCAGAGCCAAUUCAUGGUAAUGCCUUGCAAAAUGAUGUAGAGUGGGGCCGCGAAACCGUAAAGAAGUUUCUAACGAAAUUUGGAUUGCUUUGA